AUGAAGUCCUUCACGAUCAGUGCCGCGGUCGCUCUGGCUUUGGCCCUGCCAGCCAUUGCCCAGGAUAUCACGAGCUUGCCUCAGUGCGCGCAAUCCCCCAUCUUGAAUGCCAUCAGCGCAUCUGGAUGUCCUCUGACCGAUAUCAAAUGCAUCUGCGGCAAUGAUAACUUCAUCGAUGGCCUUCUGAACCUAAUUCCAACGCUCUGCACUGUCGACGAGGUGUCCACAACCGAGGACUUCGCCGUGCAGCUUUGCAGCGCGUACGACGUGACGCUGGAUCUCCCACCUGCGGCCAGCCUGGUCGCCUCGGCUUCCGGGGGAGCAGCGACCUCCGCUGCAUCGACCGUCGCCAGCUCCAUCUCCUCCGCGGCAAGCAGCGCAUCAUCAGCUGCCUCGACAUCCGCAUCUGCUGCUGCCACCACAGUGGCGCCUGAGAGCACCAGUAGCAGCAGCGAGGCUGCGGCCUCGACUGCCGCGUCGACUGCGGCUGCUUCAAGCGCUGCUUCUUCUUCCGCUGCCAGCUCGAUCGCAUCUGCAAGCUCCUCCGCCUCCGCUGCUGCCACCGCUGCUGAGACGAGCGCUCCUGCUGUCGCCAGCUCCACAGGUGGUGCCGUCGUGGGCAAGAGCGUCGGCAUGGCGGGAUUGGUCGGCGCCGUCGCUGUCGGCUUGAUUGCGGCAGUGUAG